AUGUCAGAUUCAAGGCGGUCUUCAGGUAUUUUCAAGCGUAGAUCGAGGACCUCUUCAAUCGCAUCCUCUAAAGCCCCUCAGCCACAGCCACAGCAUCAAGAAGAUGUCCCUCCAGUUCCACAAAUCCCAAAUGACAGUAACAACAAGUCAAAUGAUAAAUCUGAUAAACCUGAUAAAUCCGGUUUUUCUUGGAAGAAAUUCGGUCCGAUUCCUGUACCUAGAUUUGGUAUUUCUCGGGAAGAUAGCGACCACGUUAACGAAAAUGAAGUUAAAGCUCUCUUUAAGAAGGCUGCAAAGCAUGCGCCUGUUCACUCUUUCGAUCCAAACGAAUCCACAACCAACAAAGAAGCUGAAUUACUUGAGGAGCAAAAGAAUGAUCAAAAUUAUGGUGUAGAAGGAGAUAACCUUCCAAAGCCUUCAACUCCAAAAGAAGAGCCACCAAAGCCAAAACCUUCAAAAGUUCCUGCAGUUCAGCAGAAGUCAACUCCUCAGCAAAGCACAAAAAAAGAAGGCGAAGCUGCUUUCGAAUCUGGUCCUAUCUACGCUGUUGAAGAUAUUCCUGGUAACUUGUCCAGCUCCACAGAUGAGUUACCUUCUACUUCCCUCCCAAAAUGGUACAUGAGGGAUAAAGAAAUCCCAGACAGCUUAGGCGCUCAUUCUGUUGAACUCAACGGUGUCGAUGAUGAUGAUGGUACUUCCACUUUGCUUCCCGAAAAGUUCUAUGGACAAUGGUUUCACAACGCUGCUGUCGUUUUAGUCUCUUCUAUACUCACUUACAUUCUUGCCUACUUCAACUUCAGCCUGGGCCCACAGGCUGUCGUUGCAGUAGCUGCUGUUACUUAUUACAAUAUUAGUAUCUCAAAAGUUGAUCACGAAGUCAGAGAGGGAAUUUCCAGGCAACUGAUGAAACCUCCACUUGCAACAGAGGCUCAGUCAGCUGACUGGGUCAACAAUCUACUAAUCAACUUCUGGGAGCACCUCGAGCCAUACAUCUGUGAAAAAGCUAUCAACAGUGUUGAGCCUAUAAUAGCUGAGCGCAAGCCUGGAUUCGUAAGGUCUGCGAGACUUCGUUAUCUCACCCUUGGUAGCAAAGCGCCGCGCAUUCUCAAGGUCAGAACAUGGCCAUCGACCGCCGACAACCAAAUCACCAUGGAUUGGCACGUUUCAUUUACACCAGCAGACUUGGGUGCACUCGGAGAAGGUCAGACAGAAGGCACUGUCAACCCAAAGAUUGUCCUACAAGCCGUUAUCGGUAAAGGUAAAUACUCAGUCAGUCUGCCUGUUGUGCUCAAGGAAUUUAGCUUUACUGGUAACAUAAGAGUCAAUCUUACCCUGAUUAAUGACUUCCCUCACAUCAAAUUGGUUGAUCUGUCAUUCAUCGAAAAACCUGAAUUCGACUACAUGGCCAUACCAAUCGGUGGUGAACACUCUGGCUUGGAUGUCAACUACAUUCCUGGUUUGACCACCUUUAUCAGAGAACAGAUAUUUAACAUGAUGCAACCACUUAUUUUCGAUCCUAACGUCUUUACAAUCAACUUGCAAGAAAUUCUCGCUGGCGGUGCUCUCGAUUCCGCAUGCGGUGUAUUGGUACUCACUCUUCGUCAAGCUAGAGGUCUGCGUUCCAUCAAAGUCGGUGGUGGUGAACCAAAUCCAUACACUACCGUCAGACUUGGUAACUCCAAGACAAUAAACGACAAAACAACGAUUCAUAAGUCUACCAACAACCCAUUCUGGAUGGAAACAAAGUAUUUACUCGUCAACUCUCUCAACGACCAGCUGGUACUUAACGUUUAUGAUUACAAUGAUUAUCGCAAAGACUCAGACAUUGGUUUAGCCACAUACAACAUCCAAUCCCUAGCCGAUGAUCCUUUGCAAGAACAUGUCAUGACAAAGCUCUACAAUAAUGGUAGAGAAAAAGGUGAUAUCAUAUUUGAUCUGAGCUACUACCCAGUCAUGGAGCCACCAAAGGAAGGAGACUCACUUGAAGCUGUUCCAGAUCUCCCAACUGGUGUUGUCAGACUAUACAUCCACGAAGCCAAGGAUCUCAACACAGAUGCGUCCAAGGUUGGUCGUGUAAACCCUUCCGCCAGCGUUUACUUGAAAAAUAAGCAAGUCCAGCAAACAAAAAUGAUCAGAGGUACAAAUUCGCCUGAAUGGGACUCCCACGGCGAAUUUCUCGUCACCAACAAAGACAAGACGAGUUUGAAAGUCAAGGUGUAUCACGCGCACAACUUCAAGGCGUCAAUCCCAAUCGCGCAUGUCAAUGUCAAUGUCAGUGAUUUGCUUGAGACCAAUGAGAAGGAAGGAAAGUGGUUUGAUUUGGCUAAAGACGGUGGUAAAAUCAGAAUGUCCGCGUCGUUCAAGUCAGUGGCUAUGGAUGAUGCGCUGGAUGUAGCAGGCCAGUACACUCCACCUAUCGGACUGUUGAGAGUCUUCUGCAAGCGUGCAAACGACCUGAAGAACGUUGAGAUCGCUUUCGGCGGUAAAAGUGAUCCUUACGUUAAGGCCAUUAUCGCUGGUAGAGUGCAAGCUAGAACGAAUAUUAUCGAUAAUAACCUCAAUCCUGUAUGGAAUGAGGUUCUCUACAUACCGAUCCACUCUCUCAGAGAUAUCGUUUACUUGGAAGCUGCCGACUACCAGAGCCAGGGCAAAGACAGACCAUUGGGACACACAACUCUUAGAGCUAGAGAUAUUAUCAGACCCAACGAUGAUGAGAACGAGAGAAAGAACAAACCAUACAUGGCUACUGGAGUAAAUAGACGUACGUCUCCUAUGAAGCUUGACAAGGGUGGUUAUAAGGGUGAACUAGAAUUCGAGGCUGACUUUGUCCCUGCUUGGAAGAUUAAGGGAAGUACCUUCGAGUCUGCGGAAGAUGUAAAGAAGAAAGAGGAAGAAGACAAGAAGGAGGAGGAAGAGAAUGCCAAGGAAGAGAACAUUGACGGAGAGAGCGAUGAAAAGGGUAAAGAAAAAUCAUCUGCCGAAGAAGAGGAAAGUGCUGGUUUGGAAUUAAAUGAAGAUGAGUUACUUGAAAGAGAGUCGGGAAUCAUAGUUGUCAAGUGCGAUACAGGACAGGUGGCACAGAGGAACACGCGACUUGAGUUCCUCAUUGACGACGCAAUCUGGCCUUCGAUCACCACCGAGAAGGCGCGUUCGAAGAACGCCAACUGGAAUUUCAUUGGAGAAGCUAUGGUCCGCGAGCUUUCAUUCUCACAGCUGAGAAUUAGAUUGAACACAGGUUCACAAGAAGAGGAUGAUCAGGUUUACGCUGAGACAAGCAUGGAUAUGAGAGAAUUUUUCUACCGCACGCUCAACAAAGAGGCAGAAUUUACUCUAUCAGAUGCAGGCGAUAAUCAGUCCAAGGUGAAGGUUUUGUCUAAGUACAUCCCCGUUGAUAUCGACCUCAGUCUCAGAGAGUCUGUCAACAACCAGGGCAAUCUCAGAGUCGAAGUCCACAAUGCCAAGGGGCUUGCAAGUGCAGAUCGCAAUGGUAAAUCUGAUCCAUACGCCGUUUUUCUCCUCAACGGCGAGAGAGUAUACAAGACUGAAACGAAGAAGAAAACGUUGCAUCCAGAGUGGGAAGAAUUCUUCGAAGUCCAGGUUCCUAACAGAGUCGAUGGAAACUUCACGAUUGAAGUUUAUGACUGGGACAGGUUGUCAGCAGCCGAUUUACUCGGUGUUGCCAAGGUGGACUUGACUGCAUUCGAGCCACUCGAGUCGACUGAAUUCACUUACGAUCUCAAAGAUGGCGAAAGCGGUGACCAGGGCACGAUCAAAGUCAGUUACGUCUUCAAACCCUCAUUCAUCGUCAAGACGCGUGCGCGCACUUCGACUUUCAGCCAAGCUGGCAGAGCUCUCACGCAGGUCGGCGGUAUUGGUAUUGGAGCUGGAAAGGGAGUCGCCCAUGGUGCCGGUCAUAUCGGCAAGGGCGCCAUCUCAGGCGCUGGCUUCAUCGGCAAUAAUGUCGGCGGCGUUUUCGGCAAGGCUGGUCAAAUUUUCGGCUUCUCCAAAAAGCCUUCCUCUACUGGAAGCGAAGGUUUCGUAGAUGACGAAGCGGAUGCUCCCAGAGAAUUGAUGUCAGAUGCUCAGCGCGAUAGACCUGCAUCGAAAGUCGACUCAGGUGAUUUGAAUGUAACUGUCGUCAGAGCAUGGGAUCUUAAAGGAGAAGGUCGUGAGUUGCCUAAAGCCAGACCUGUGUUGAGAAUGGGAAGAUACAAGAUCGAAGGAAAGGCACUCUCUAAGAGUUCCGAACCUUCUUUCGAUGAAACUUUCCUUUUGCACACUAAACCUGAAAAGCCAACGUUUAGUGUAGAGAUUGUUGACAAGCAUCUCUUCGGUGAUCGUCAAAUUGGCUACAAUAAUAUCAUGAUUGGCCAAUACAUUCAUCCAGAGAAGAACGAAACUUCAGCUGAAUUUGAUAUUGAAUUGCUUGGAGGUAACGGUUAUGUCACAGUCAGGCUACAAUGGUCACCUAAUGAAGGUAGACCAUCGACUUCCUCAGUGAGGAAUCGUGAAAGUCUCGAUCCGGGCGAUAAUCAAUCAGUCACCUCUAAGAAACCAAGCAAGUCGUCUAAAUUUGCCAACUUUAGUCGAAGCUCAUUAAACAAAGAACGGGACUAA